AUGAUAUUUGCAAAGCAGGUGCAUCAAGUUGAGUUUGUGGUCCUAUGCAUCGGACGGUUCGGAGAUGUUCCCAAGUUGCCCCUGCUCCCUCAGAACAAUGGUCCCCAAGUUUUCAAGGGAGAAGUUAUGCAUGCCAAGGAUUACUCUGAGUUGAGUAGCUCAGAAGCAGCCUAUGCGGUUCGGGGGAAGCGAGUCGCCGUUGUCGGAUUCCAGAAGUCGGCCCUAGACAUAGCUGCUGAAUGUGCCCGUGUAAAUGGAAAGCAAAUUCCAUGUAAUGUGAUAUUGAGGGCGCCUCAUUGGAAUGUUCCUCAUUACUUGCCAUGGGGUGUGCACUUGGCUUAUCUUUAUUGCACGCGUUUCUCAGAGUUAUUAGUGCACAAGCCUCAGGAAGGGUUUCUCCUUUCUCUUCUAGCCACUCUUCUUUCUCCAGUGGUAAAUUUUAAAUCCAAA